GAAGAGGUCGCCAACCUCUGUAACUGCUCCCCGAGGGAGAUCGAGGAGAUCUAUGCCUGCACGCCCUUGCAAGAAGCAAUGAUGGCCCUGACUGUGAAGAGUCCGACGGCCUACACCAUGAUGCACGAGUACCGCCUGCCAGCAGGGACAGACCCGGAACUACUCCAACAGGCCUGCUAUCAAGCGGCACAGGCCAACCCAGCUCUGCGGACCCGCAUAGUAACUACUAGCUCUCACGGCUGCGUGCAAGCAGUGCUGCGGGGCAAUGUGGCAUGGCGUGUGUGUUCUGAGGAUGAUGAGACCUUGCCAGCCGAGAUGCAGCCGGUGGCCUGGCGAAUGGGAGGCCAACUGGCCUAUCUCACCCUGAACUUGACCAGACACGUGCUCAGGGUCUGCAUGCAUCAUUCCAUCACGGAUGCAUGGUCCCUUGGGCUACUCCUCCGCGAGGUCGAGGCGGCCUAUCGCGGGAAGGAGCUUACGGUUCGACCAUUCCGACCGCUAGUGGAGUACAUCGAGGCGACGCGCGAACGUGCAGAGGCAUUCUGGAAGGCAGAGCUGAAGGAUGCCCACCUGGAAUCAAUGGCCACUUAUCCUCCGCUUCCAUCCCCGGGAUAUACUGCCAACCCUUCCGGGUCCGUGUGCCGCACGUUUCCUAUCCGGUCGAUGACUGCAGGCGGCUUUCCGGUUAACACUAAGCUGCGCCUGGCGUGGGCAGUGGUCCAAAGCCUGUACACCGGUUCUGAAGAUAUUCUGUUUGGCGCCGUCAACAUAGGCCGGAGUGUACCAGUUACCGGCGUGGAGGACAUGAUCGGCCCAGCCAUUACCACAGUGCCUGUGCGGAUCCAACUGUGCACCAAACGGACGAUCUCACAGACCUUGGCGAUGGUGCAAGGGCAAUGGGCCAAGUGUAUGGAGGUUGAGCAUGUCGGCUUGCAGAAUCUGCUACACAUGGGACCUGGCCCCGAGGCUGCAUGUCGCUUUCAGACCCUCAUGUCGGUGGAGCCUGGGAGUGGUCAGCAGUUGCCGGGCCUAUUCACCCCACAGGAUGCCAACCAGAGAGCCCAGGAACUUUAUCCCUUGGUGCUGGUGUGCAGACCCUCGGAUGCCACCAUGGAAGUCCAGGCUCUUAUGGACACCAGCGUGAUUAGUACCAGACAGGCCGAACGGCUCCUAGGACAGCUCAGUCAUAUAUAUGAGCAGAUCGAGAAUGACCCAGGGCUGACUAUCGCCGAGAUCGAAUCGGUAAGCCGCGACGACCGAGCUGAGCUCAUUGCUCGAAAUAUACCAAGUAGCGCUUCUACUCCACCCCCCUGCGUGCACGACCUGAUCACACAGCGUGCCCACUGCCAACCACAUGCAGCCGCCAUUAGUGCCUGGGAUGGUGACCUGUCCUACCAGCAGCUGGACGACCUGUCGUCUGCCCUAGCGGCGCGCCUGUCGCGAUUCGACAUCCGACCGGGUGUAUUUGUUCCGCUGUUGGUGGAAAAGUCCAAGUGGGUGCCCGUGGCGAUGAUUGCAGUAUUGAAAGCAGGCGGGGCAUUUGUCCUAUUUGACAAAUCGUAUCCCAUCCAGCGACUGCAGCAAAUGUGUCGGGUGCUGAAUGCGACCGUGGGUUUAACCUCGGAGGCGCACGCGGAUGUGGCGGCCCAACUAGGGCUGCCGACCAUCGUGUCCGUGGAUCGACAUCAGGGGAACCCGAACAUCCAGGGUCCGGACCAUGGACCAGCUGUCAGCCCUCAAGAUCCGAUGUAUUUGACAUUUACGUCGGGCUCGACAGGAACGCCCAAGGGGGUGAUUGUCCAACAUGCUGGCUAUGCAUCCAGUGCACUUGCCCAUGGCGAGCCGUACCACUUCACCCCCGAGUCGCGGGUCUUGCAAUUUGCAUCCCCCGCAUUUGACUCAUGCAUCAUCGAGCAUCUCAGCUCGCUGAUCAUGGGGAGCUGCGUGUGUAUUCCCACCGCAUCGGACUGUCUGAGCAAUCUGGCUGAGGUCAUAGAUCGGUUCACCGUCAACGUUGCGUGCUUGACACCGAGUGUGACCCGGAUUCUCGCGCCCGACCGGCUUCCCGGGCUACAGGUCCUGGCGUUUGUUGGCGAAGCAGUUCUGGCUAGUGACGUUGCCCGGUGGAGGCCGUACGUUCAGGUGCGAAAUGCAUAUGGGCCGGCAGAGUGCUCGGCCGUCUUCAGUGUGCAGCCCCAGCUACAGGAGCAUGACCCGACCAAUAUUGGCUUCCCGACCGGGAGUGUUGGCUGGGUCGUCCACCCGGAGGACCAUCAGAGGCUGAUGCCGCUUGGAUGUCCGGGCGAACUGCUCAUUGAAGGACCGACAGUUGGGCCCGGCUAUCUUGCCAAUCCUGAGCAGACCAGCCGUGCCUAUGUGAAGGCGCCUGCGUGGCGGCAGACCUUUGAUUCUCCCACCACCGGUGCGUUCUAUAAAACCGGGGACCUAGUGGAGUGCACGGGAGAUGGGAGCUUCCGGUACCUGGGGCGGAAGGACACCCAAGUCAAACUUCAUGGCCAGCGCCUGGAACUGGGCGAGGUCGAGCAUCAUGUGUGUCAAUCAUUUCCAGGGGCCAAACAGGCAGUGGUGGAGAUGCUCCAGUCCUCUCCGUCUCAGGAAGAUGCUCGGCCCAAGAACAUUUUGACCGCAUUUGUGUGUAUCCCAGACCCAGCAUCGUCGACCGACCCCAAAUCUCUGUUCCUGCCAUCCACGCACAGGUUCCGCGCCGCAUGCGCGACGGCGGAGGCUCGGCUCACUGAAGUAUUGCCUGCCUUUAUGGUACCCCGAGUGAUUCUGCCGAUCGCGUGUGUACCGUUAACCCCGUCGGGCAAGACAAACCGUCGUCACCUUCGAGAACAGGCAGCCAGGCUGUCCUGGGCCACUAUGCAGAACUACCGCGCGGUAGCAGGGCAUAGUCAGCGCCCGUCCAACGCAUGUGAGGAGGAAUUGCGCCAGAUCUGGGCGCAGAGUUUGAACCGCCCCGUCGAUGAGGUCAGCACCUCUGUGAGCUUCUUCCGCCUGGGAGGAGAUUCAGUGAGUGCCAUGCAGGCAGCGAAUAACUGCCGGAUGGCAGGCUGGUCAGUCACGGUGGGCGACAUCUUUCGGUAUCCUACAAUUAGUAAACUAGCCCAGCGCAUGCAGGAGGUAGGGAGACCGCAGCAUUUGGCUCCAACGUUCCGCGAGGAUCCCACCGAUAAACCUUUCCGGCUUUCCCCUAUCCAGCAGAUGUUAUUCGAAUACGAUCCCCAGGGCAAUGACAGGUUCACGCAACAUUUCCUUCUAGAGAUCACUCGGCCGACCUCAAGCUCCAAGGUGAAGGAGGCAAUGCAGGCAAUUACUGCCCGGCACUCCAUGCUACGAGCUCGUUUCAGGAAGACGACGGAUGGCCACUGGGACCAGCGGAUUUCCUCCAACACAGAUGAAUCCAUCUUGUUCAGCGAGCACUUUCUAUCUUCAAUUGAGGACCGGGAGACCCUGUGCCGGAUUCUCGAUGGCAGCCAGGCUUCCCUGGACAUCCAACACGGGCCACUAAUUGCGGUUGAUCACAUUGCCACCGCGACGCAGGUACAGUAUCUGGGAAUCAUGGCUCACCAUCUUGUCAUUGAUUUGGUUUCCUGGCGAGUAGUACUGCAGGACCUCGAGGAUGUCCUCACGACCGGCAGUCCAUUGCAACCGCCCUCUAUCCCCUUUCAGCAGUGGUGCGACCUGCAGCAAGCAUAUAGCUCCCAGUCCCUGGAUCCCAGGAAGGCUCUGCCGUCGGAGAUUCCAUGUCCACCUCUGGACUACUGGGGCCUUGGCAACACUCAGAACACCUGGGGCGAUGUGGUGCAGGAGUCCAUCAAAGUCUCGCAAGAUGCCACGCAAGCGCUCCUCGGCCUUGCCAACGAUGCUUUCCAUACGCGACCGGUGGAAGUAAUACAAACGGCCGUGCUGCACUCGUUUGUCAAUGUCUUUGACGACCGUCAGGCACCGGCCAUUUUCAACGAAGGCCAUGGACGGGAGCCAUGGGAUGCCAAUAUUGAUAUCUCACGUACGGUUGGCUGGUUCACGACUUUGGUACCGCUCUUCAUUGAUGCUCGGAAGGGCCAGGAGAUCACUGAACUGCUCCUGUCAACCAAGAGUGGUCGUCGAGCGAUUCCCUCCAAUGGAUGGGCCUAUUUUGCAUCGCGGUACUUGCAUCCGGACGGCCCCAGUCAUUGCAAGAGACAUGCACCAAUGGAGAUACUCUUCAAUUACACGGGGCUUUUCCAACAGUUGGAGCGACAAGACGCGCUUCUCCAACUAGCCGCGCUUCCAGAUCACGAUAUCUUGCCUCUACCUUCUGACUUGCCCCGUUUCGCUGUCAUUGAUGUAUCGGCCACCGUUGCUGAUGGAUCGUUCAACCUGACUUUCAUGUAUCCCCGACACAUGCGACAUCAGGAUCGAGUCCGCCAAUGGGUCCAGACGUGUAAGUCAACAUUGGAAGCGUUACCACGCCAGCUACAGAACCACUGCCAUGUGACAGCCUCGGACUUCGGGCUAUUAUCAGUCGACGAGAAGCAACUGCAAACGGUCUUACAAGAUGUCCUAACCCGCACCGGAGCUGGGAUCUCCGAAAUCGAGGAUAUAUACCCUUGUUCCCCGGCCCAGCUUGACAUAUGGCUCAGUCAGUUGAAAGCUCCGGGAAGGUACUGGUCCCGGCUCCAGUGGUUGGUUCAGGCAACAGACAAGAGCCGAGUGCGUGUUGAUAUGAACAAGGUCCAGCAGGCAUGGCAGGAGGUGGUCAAUCGGCAUCCCAUUUUGAGAACCAUCUUUAUUGAGGAUGGGGCUAGACAAGGGGAACCGGUACAGGUCGUUCUAAGGACUGUGACCGCGGAUAUCGAAGUGGUCGCGGCCCAUGACUUGAAUAUGGAUGACAACGUUUCGCGGCAGAAACAACUUGCCCAAGAUGGCAGGCCCCUGCAUCAACUAGCUCUCGUUCCUACUGCGGAUGGUGACAUUGCGUGCCAACUGAUCAUUCACCAUAUCUUGAUGGACGGAGGUACUGGAGACCUCUUAAUGGAUGAAUUCCACCAGGCCUAUGACGGACUAUUGGACGAGAAACGUGCAACACCAUAUAGCACCUAUAUUGGCUACCUGCAACAACGCGGUGACCAGGCAAAUAAGUACUGGAUAAGCUAUCUCAACGGAGCGAACUCUUGUAUUUUCCCAUCGCUAGAAACAAUGGAGCGCGGGGAAAGGCAAGUCACGCCACGCAUUGCUCCCUUCACCUUCAAGAACGGAGACCAAUUGAGGUCCUACUGUCAGGACCACGAUUUCACGAUCUCUAGCCUGCUGCAGGUGGCUUGGGGGCUGGUGCUCCGGAUCUAUACGGGGUCGGAGGACGUUGUCUUUGGUUCCCUCUCUUCUGGUCGCGACAUUCCAUUGCAGCAGGUGCAUGAGAUUGCGGGUCCACUUAUCAGCUUACUCGUCUGCCGCCUCCCCUUGAGUGAUGAUGUUGAGCUGCUGUCCGCUCUUAGAAACAACCAAGUUGCAUAUGCAAACGGUAUUGAUAACCAGCAUUUCUCCACGGCGGAGGUCAUGCAUUGUCUGGGCCUCUCCGGCCAGCCGCUGUUCAACACAGCGAUGUCUCUUCAGAAUGAGGUGCCAGAUCAGGCACGUGGUGGAUCAUCUGACAUUGCGAUCAAGGAUAAUGGUGGAAUUGAUUCGACCGAGUACGACAUCGUGGUCAACGUAACCAUCAAUACACCGAGCAUUGACGGUAACCUGACCUAUUAUUCCGACAUCAUCAGCGAUACGCAGGCAGCACUUAUUGCAGACACACUCCAUUGCAUUGUCAUGCAGCUCAUUGAUCCAGCCAAGACUCACAUAGAUCAUCUGGAUUUACUCGGGACCAGGAACAAAGAUCUGAUAUUUGGGUGGAACCAGAAGCUACCAGAUCCUGUAAACCGAUGUGUGCACGAAACCAUACAUGAAUUGAGUCUGGCCCAACCGGAGGCCCCAGCCGUGGCUGCGUGGGACAACAACCUCACAUACAGCGAGCUUGAUCGUAUCUCAUCAUCCUGGGCCCAGCACCUGAUUCACCGUGGCGUGCGACCCGAGACCUUUGUGCCCGUGUACAGUGACCGUUCAAGCUGGGUUAUUGUGGCGGCUUUGGCAGUUUUGAAGGCAGGCGGUGCGUUCAUCCUCUUGGACCAUACACAUCCCAAGGAGCGAUUGCACGAUAUGCUGCAGAAUGACUUUUCCUGUCCAGUCAUUCUUACUUCAGCCAAACAUGCGGAAGUCGCGGCUUUCAUUGCUCCCGAACCAAUCGUCAUGGAAGAUCUGCAGAGGCAACCUGUACAAGGUACUUUGUCCCUCGCCGCGGUGAACCCAGCCUGCGCAGCGUACGCAGUUUUCACAUCUGGUAGUACUGGCAAACCUAAAGGGUGUGUCAUUGAGCACAGGUCAUUCCACUCAGCGAUUGAGGCACAGAGAAAGGCGUUCCAAGUGGAGGACCGCUCUCGGGUCCUUCAAUUUUCGUCAUAUGCGUUCGAUGCGUGCAUCAUCGAGAUCUUCACCACACUGCUGGCCGGUGGAUGUAUCUGUGUUCCGACCGAGGAUGAUCGCCAGAAGGUCGAAGACACCAUCCAGAAAUACAAGAUCACUUGGGCUAUCUUGGUCACAUCAAUCGCCCGGACACUGGACCCCAGACAGGUUUCCCCCUUGAAAACGCUUCUGCUCGUUGGGGAGAAGGUGACCAGUCGCGAUGUGCGUCGCUGGUCCCCUCAUGUUCGCCUUGUGAACGGCUAUGGCCCGUCCGAGUGUAGCAUGAUAACAACUAGUCAGAAUCGGUCGGAUAUUAUGCUGUCAGAUCCGGGGAACAUUGGGUGGCCCGUGGGCGGUGGUGUCUGGGUGAUGAAUCCAGGCAAGCCACAUCAGCCCAUGCCAGUCGGUGCCCUCGGAGAGUUGGUUGUCGAUGGUCCGAUUGUUGGGCGAGGCUACGUUAAUCGUCCGGAGCAUACGGCGGCUGCCUUUUUACGGUAUCCCGAAUGGAUGAAGGCAAUGCGUGGCGAAGACGGGAAUACGUUGUAUAGGACUGGGGACUUCGUUCGCCAGCUUCCGGAUGGCUCUGUCCGAUAUAUCGCAAGACGUGACCGACAGGUCAAGCUCCGGGGUCAGCGAAUCGAGCUAGCUGAAGUCGAACAUCAUGUGCAACGAUGCUUCCCGGGUGGCAGUCCGGGCGUAUUUGUUGACCUGGUUGCACCAUGGGCGUCACAGACAACAUACCUUGUCGCCUCAGUGGCGACUCGUGAGAGCGAUGACCAGGCAUUUGAGAGGAAUGUAGAGCUAACCAAGGCUCGCCUUGUGAAGGAAGUUCCUGUCUUUUUCAUUCCAAAUGCCUUCCUUCCCCUCCAUGAGAUUCCGCGUUUGGUGAACGGUAAGGUCAAUCGACAAAAGGUAUAUCAACUAGCGGCCCAAGCGCUGGCGUCCCAAAUGGACCAGCCGACCAAAGAUGAACUGGAGUGGAAUCCAGAGACCUUGACACCGGAUGAGCAAACGAUGCAGUCUUUAUGGGCAGAAGUGCUGCAAUGUUCCGCUAAGACGAUUGGCCCUGAUGACAACUUCUUUCUCCUCGGGGGCGACUCCAUUGCAGCCAUGAGGCUAACCUCCGCCGCGGGGGCACGAGGACUUAAGCUGGCUGUGCCACAGGUUUUCCUACACCCCGAGAUGCGAGACCUGGCACUGGCUUUAUCCUCCAACGCAAAGCAACAACCCUCAGAAGGGGCCACCAAGUCGGUUACCCUCCCUGAUCGGUUAUCUUUGCUGCCGCCAGAGAAGCGUAGUGAAGCUCACAAAGAAGCUAUGGCCCAGUGCAAUAUUUCCGGGGAGCAAAUCGAGGACAUUUACCCCUGUACACCAUGGCAAGCGACGAUGUUGAAGCUGCCUGGUGCGGCACAAAUGGCAAAACACCGCCUGCGGCUCGUCCCUAGUCUUGAUGUUGAUCGAUUAAAGGCAGCUUGGGAGAAAGUCAUAGCCAGUGAGCCUAUCCUACGCACGCGCCUGGUUGAUGUAGCCGGCCUCGGUUACCUCCAGGUUGUGACCAAACAUGCCGGUAUCAGCUGGAGCGUAAGCAGCUCCAAUAGGCAAUCGAUACCCGAAAGGGAGAACUGGUUUGGACAACCACUGCUGGGCUUUGAACUCAUCUCACCUGGUCGCGAUAGGCCGGCCGAUUUGGCUAUCACAGUUCAUCAUGCCCAGGUGGAUGCUGAUUCAUUGUCCCUGACACUGGCUAGGGUGCAGUCUGUCUAUGACGGCUCUUCAGUGGAGCAGUCUGUCAGUUUGAGCCAUCUUGUGAAAUAUAUCGCGUCUCAGAAGGAUGCUGCUCUGGGCUACUGGCGUGAGGAUCUGCGCGACAACGAGGCCGAACCGUUCCCCUCGGUGCCAUCUCAGCACAAGAAGCCUCGGGCUAUCAGAAAAUUGCAAUCUAUCGUGGAUACUAGGCACCUCGCGAACAAAGAUGGUUGCUCUGCGGCGAUUAAACUGGCAUGGGGACUUGUGCAGUCGCAAUACCAGAGCUCGAAAGACGUGGUGUUUGGAGUGUGUUCCAACGGGCGGAAGGCAAACGUCAGUGGUAUUCAGUCCAUGGCUGCACCUACUGCCACCAUCGUCCCUUUCCGUUUAUCAAUUGCCCCCGACGUGACCGUGGCAAAGGCCCUGUCGGAUCUGGAAAAGCGAGACGCAGACGUGGUCAGGUUCGAACAGGUUACAUUGUCGGAAAUUGCGGCUUUGAGUCCAGAGGCCAAGCAAGCAACUUCCUUCCAAACUCUCCUUACCGUUGAGGGAGACGAGGAGAAGAUCGGCACAUCGAAUGGAUCGCAUCUGAAGUUUGCGAAGUAUCAUGCUCCGGGCGAUUCAGUCCAUCCAUAUGCUCUGCAGAUGAUUGCUAGCAUCGAGGCGAGGCAUAUAAUCAUCAAGGCGUCCUUUGAUGAUUCCACUGUCGCGGAAUGGCAAAUGCAGCAUAUCAUGGAUCAGUUCAACUACAUGCUUAAGCAGGUCAUCUGUCACCCAGAAACCCUAGUUCGACAGAUAGCCACAGUCAAUCCCAACGAUCUCCGGGAGAUGCAAAAAUGGAACCCAGAUAUUCCUCCCGUGGCGUCUGGCAAUGUGGCAGAUGUUUUCUAUGAACAAUCGAUCGAGCAACCAUUUGCCCCCGCUGUAUGCGCCUGGGAUGGAGACCUCUCGUAUGAGGAACUGGAUUUCGAAGCAAGCAAACUGACUGCUGUCCUGCGGAGCCAUGGCGUCGGGCCCGAGACCAUUGUGCCCAUAUACAUGGAGCCAUCGCGUUGGGUUGUGGUGGCCAUCUUGGCUGUCCUGAAAGCACGAGGCGCCAUCCUUCUGCUAGACUCUUCUCAUCCCCUCGCUCGCCUCCAGGCAAUUUGUUCCGACGUUGAUGCAACCAUUAUCAUUGCCUCUGGUAGUGCCAAGACCACAGCCCAGACUCUAGCCUCAACUGUCAUUGGCCUUGAUGGAUCAGUUGCCGCUGAUACUAGGAUAAAGGACGAUGUGGACCUCGUCGAGGGCAAACCUGGCCAUGCUCUAUACAUCGUCUUCACAUCAGGGUCGACCGGAAAGCCGAAGGGAGUGGUUAUCGAGAAUGGCGGUUUCCUCACCAUGACCGAGUCAUUCAUACAAAAGACGGGAUUUGGGCCACAUUCUCGGAUGCUACAGCUGUCUAGCUAUGCCUUCGAUGUGAGCAUGCUGGAAUUCAUGACGCCAUUACUGGUGGGAGGGUGUAUCUGCAUCCCAUCGACAAGUGAGAGAAAGGACGGUAUCGCCGAGUCAGUUCAGAGCCUGCAGCCGUCACACAUGGUGAUCACCCCAGCUCGUCUCAGAGCUUUGACUCCGACAGAUGUCAACUCAGUGGAAACGGUGAUGUUGAUCGGAGAAACCGUUCGAGCCAGCGACAUCGAAGAGUGGUCAAAGGACAUGCACGUGAUCAACAUGUAUGGCCCCGCUGAAUGCACAGUUCUAUUCACCAUGCAACGCGCAGUCAGCACGGCGCGAGCCGCCAACAUCGGAGCACCCAUUGCAGGAGCCGCGUGGAUAAGUGACCGGCAUGAUCCUGAGCGGCCAGUCCCAGUCGGCGCAGUGGGUGAGCUCCUCUUGCAAGGCCCACUCGUGGGCCGUGGAUACCACAACAGGCCAGAGCAGACUGCUGCUGCUUUUAUCCCUUGCCCGCAGUGGAUCCAGAACCUCAGCAGUGGAAAGCAUCCGACCGUACGUUCGGUUUACCGCACUGGGGAUCUCGUCCGGUAUGAGGCAGACGGUUCCUUUCAUUUCAUCGGAAGGAGAGAUUUUCAAGUCAAGCUGCGCAGCCAACGCUUCGAGCUUGGCGAGGUAGAGGAGCAGGUCCAGCAGGCUCUCCCAGGCCGCUUCAGCGACGUGAUUGCCUUGAUAGCCACGCCAACGGCUGCAGUUAAAACCGAAUGCUUGGUGGUCUUUUUGGUCCCGAAGGAGGCCGGACAUGAUUCCAGAGUGUCGCCUUCACCAGUCCCGCUGCUACCCGUCGUGGCUUCGAGUGGACUGACUGAAGACGUCGCUCUAGCAAAUCACCGACUAAAAAAGGUUCUACCUAGCUACAUGCUACCGUCAGCGUUUGUGCCCCUCGAGUGCAUACCACGAACCAGCGGUGGCAAGACGGACCGAAAACAAUUGCAGCAAGCGAUGGCAGCGAUAACCAGGCAGCAGAUGGAGGCUUUCGCCCCCAACAUCGUCGAUGAGGAUGCUAUAGACAAGCUUCUCGAAGGUCGUGGCAUCCAGAUGCCUAUCACCGCUGAUAAAAAUGUUGAAGCAGUAUAUUCGUGUACGCCGGCACAGCGUGGUAUCUUGUUAAGCCAGUUAGAGAAUCCCACCAUCUAUUCUCCCCAUUUCAUCUGGAGGGUACGUGCACCGUCCGGGGCAACGGUGGACAUCAACAGGUUGCAAGACGCGUGGAGACAAGUGGUCGCCCGACAUCCUGUGCUUCGGGCUGCCUUCCGGCCAAGGUCCUCUGGUGACGGGCAGUUCGAACAGAUUUUGCUUCGCAAGGUUAAUCCGCCACUGACGAUAUUUGAGGGUGCAUACGAGAGUUCCGGUUUGAAGCCCCCACCUAUCAUCGCCAAUGUGUCCAGAACAGUGACGCUACAAGAUGGCCAAUCCGUCCAACACCACAUGACAAUGUGUGCCUCUGUUGCAGGCUAUGUCUUCUGUAGACUGGACAUCAACCAUGCCAUCAUCGAUACGAUAUCGAUAUCGAUAAUUGAGCGCGACUUGUGCCAGGCAUAUGACUUAAGCUUGCCAACUGGCCCAGACAAUGGUGCCUACCAGGGAUAUCUCGACUAUGUUCACGAGCAACCCAUGGAGCCUGCAGAGCACUACUGGCAAUCUUACCUACAGGGGUACAAGCCUUGUCAGUUACCUUUGAAGGGCACACAGGAGACCCAUGGCGGUGCGGACAUGGUAGAAAAUUUCGAGGUCUUCUUCCAAGCCAGCGGUGCGCAAGUCAGGUCCUUCUGCGACGAGACUGAUUGGACUCCGUCUAGCGUAAUGUACCUCGCCUGGGCCCUAACACUAAAGGCCUUCACUGGAGCCAAUGAUGUGUGUUUCGGAACAUUCUCGUCUGGGCGAAUGGUCCCCGUCCCUGGAAUGAACGAGGCUGUGGGACAGUUCUCCAAUCUGUCGGUGUGCCGAGUGCGCUUCACCCCGGACGAGACCCUGGAUGAGGCCGCCUUGCGCCUGCUGGAGGAAUACUAUCAUAUCCUAUCAUAUCAAUCCUUUCCGUUGUCUUCGAUUGCGAGCUCUGCCAGGCUAGCAAUAGAGGACCUGGCGUCAACUGCCGUCAACGUUCAUUAUGUGCCGGACGCUGAGCCUGAAGAUGGGUAUUCCGUCCGUGUGGAAUCACUCCACACCCACGAUCCCGCAAAGCACGAUCUCACUUGUUAUAUCGCACUGCAACGGCACGGGCAAAUUAAGCUUUUGAUCAACUACCGGUCAUCACGGGUGCCCCCAACUCUUGUGGCACAGCUUGCUGAGUAUUUCGAACUCGCCAUCAACCGUAUUGUUAACAACCCAGAUGGCCGAGUAAAUGAUCUGGAGCUUUUCACCGAUCACGAUGCACAGCGCUUACGCCAGUGGAACCUGCCAUGUGCAGAAGCUGCGGCAGUCAUUGUGCCUCAGAUUGUUGCGCAGAGGGUUAGAGAAUAUCCACACCACGUUGCUGUCUCCGGGUGGGAUGGAGAUUUCACGUACGAGGAGCUUGAACAAGUGUCGACACGUGUGGCACAUGUGCUCAGCCGUCGUGCAGCUAUAGCAGGCCACCCGAUUCCGAUUUGCUUUGAGAAAUCGAGAUGGACGAUUGUAGCGAUCCUAGGGAUCAUGAAAGCGGGAGGCACUGUGGUUCCUCUUGAUCCUAAUGAGCCGCUGGGGCGACUGCAAGAUAUCAUCCGUCGCAUCCAUCCUCCUUUGAUGGUAUCAUCGGCGAUGCAAGCACACUUGAGUGAAACUCUGGUGAAGGAUGUUAUUUCAAUCGAUAAUGACAUUGCGUCUGAAUGCGGCAGCAAUGCUAAUGACAACCCUAGCUCAUUCCUGCCGACAGUUGACCCAGAUCAAGCGGCCUAUAUCAUGUUCACCUCCGGUACAUCCGGAGUUCCGAAAGGCGUCAGGAUCUCGCACCGCGCCUAUGCCGCAGCCGCUGCGGGUCAUAUUCGCUCCUUUGGUUUGACGACAGCAUCUCGUGUCCUCCAACUAGCGUCCUACGGAUUUGAUGUGUCCUUGAUGGAUAUCCUUACCACACUGAUCGCCGGAGCCACCAUUACUGUGAUCUCCGAAUCUCAGAAAAACCAGAUGAUGAUAACUGGGAUCAGUCCGGUGAAUGUGUCCCAUGUGUUUUUGACACCUUCGCAACUUAGCCCCAUGGAUGCUAGGCAGUCAUCCUGGGUCCAGACAAUUGUUCUCCUGGGAGAGCCAAUGUCAAAUUCGCACCUUCGAGACUGGAGCAAGUCCUGCCGUUUGUUGAAUGCAUACGGGCCAACCGAGUGUUCGGUCAUUUCAACCGUAUCCCCGCCUCUUCAAUCAACUGAUGAUGCACGAAACAUCGGUUGGGGCGUGGGUGUGAAUUCUUGGAUCGUCAACCAUAAUGAUGCUAACAAACUUGCGCCUAUUGGCGCCAGGGGAGAGUUACUGCUGCAUGGCCCGUCUGUUGGCCAGGGGUAUCACAACCAGCCGGACAAGACUGCCGAGGCUUUUAUCCAGCCGCCGCAAUGGUUGCAAGAUCUGUAUCCAGACCAAGCGGUUGCUGGGAACCUCUACAAAACUGGGGAUAUUGUGCGCUACGAAAUAUCCGAUGGAUCGCUGCGUUUUGAAGGGCGAAAAGAUCACCAGAUCCAAGUAAACGGGCAACGAGUGGAGCUGGAGGAGAUCGAGUAUCACGUUCGCCAGUGUUUCCCAGAUUCUAGGGAAGUGGUCGUGGAACAAGCCAAGAUUCCGAAUUAUGGACGACUCGACAAAUCCGCCGCUGGAACCUAUGAUCUCAUGCCACGACUUGUUGCGUGUAUCUGGGACGGGGUUCAAAGAGAGGGGAUCAGCUGUGGCACCAGCGACGAACCUGUUGCGCAGCCCAUCCUACAUGGUCAAAACCCUGUGUUCCAGGCUGACAUCACUGCCGCUGCUUUGAGUAAGCUGCGCAGAUGUCUUCCGGGGUACAUGGUCCCGGAUCUUUUCGUGACCCUUGCUCGGAUCCCACGGACAACCUCGGGCAAGAUGGACCGUGCCAAAUUGCGAGAGUGCAUCCAGGGCAUUUCGCCUCAAGAGUGGCGCGCAUAUAUCGAGAUGCAGCGACGCAAGGAACCCGUGAAGGGCGAAAAAGCUGUCAAGUUCCACAGCAUUCUCACCAGUCUGCUCAACAUACCUGGCGAGGAGGUCGGUGCCGAUGACAGCUUUCUCCACUUUGGUGGGGAUUCCAUCCUUGCAAUGAGGAUUUCGGCCCGAGCGAGAACGGAGGGACUAGAGAUUCGGUCUGGUGAUAUACUCCGUCACCCCACGAUCCGAGAAUGGGCUCAGAUAGCUUGUCCCGUUGGGAAACUGUCAUACGAAGCUCCUGACCAUGAACCCUACUCUCUGGUCAGUGAUACCGUGCGCACGGCUGCCCUGGCGCCCUAUCCUGGUCAAAAUGAGUCGUUGACUGCAGAUGACGUGAUCGAUAUUCUUCCGACCGUGGAAUUCCAAGCAUUUCACGUAAAAAAUGCCACUCUGGUGCACAUGGUUGAGACCUUCCGCACUCCUCUAGAUCUGACUCGUCUCAGUCGUGCGUGCGCGGAAGUGGUAGCACACUAUAGCGUGUUACGGUCGGUUUUCAUACCGGUCGAAGGCCACAUCUACCAGGCCAUUCUCCGCUCCGUGCAACCAAAGAUCCGGCAGGUGAAGUGCGAAGACCUCGAGGCUUAUAUCACCCAGGCAUCUCAUGCCAGGCCAGCGCCAAUGUCAAUUCAAGAGCAAUCGUCGGUACAGUUUACCGUGAUUACCAGCCGCACCCAGGCCGACUGGGCACUGAUGAUCUCCUUAUCUCAUGGUCAAUGUGACGGGACUUCCUUGCCCAAGCUCUGGCAGUCAAUCGCGGACGCGUACAACGGCCAAGAACUAUUGCGGACAACAGACUUUAAAGAUGUGGUCUAUCAGCGACUGACCGGGGACCACUCGCCUGGGCUCUCGUUCUGGCGGGAGUAUCUCUCUAUUGCACCUCCCCCGAGUCUCGAUUUCUUGGGUUAUUCUAACCCACAGGGGAGCGACGAGCAUACAGCUGUAAGCCGCGACAUUGGGCACUUCACUCUACCUGCCAAUGUCACGAUGGCGACGUUGGUGCAUAGCAGUCUAGCCUGGAUUCUUUGCCAACGUGCAAGUCGACACGAUAUCACCCUCACCCAGAUUGUCCACGGUCGUGGAGAAUCCCUGCCGGACAUGGACAAGGUCAUCGGCCCUUGUGCGAGCCACCUGCCCAUGCGAGUACGAGUGAAUCCGCAAUGGACGGUUCACGAUCUCCUGCAUCAUGUGCAGCGGCAACGGCUAGAAACUGCUCCCUAUGACCAUGUGGCGUUCGGUGACAUUGUUCGCCAAUGCACGCAAUGGCCGAAGAACACAACGUAUGGGUGUAUAGUCAAUCAUCAGAUUGUUGCAUCGUCCACCGCUGUCGACUUCGACGGGACCCGCUCGGCCUCCCGUACAUAUUGGUCCAGCGCCAGGGGCGGCAACGAAGAGCUUUUGGCCGGUCAAAUGGCCGUGACAUCGAUCGAGCGUGACACUGGAGUGGAAUUGUGCAUCACGGCAGUAGGAAGUGUGCUGGAUAAGGCCACGGCCGAGCAACUGGUUGACCAAGUAGCCGAGACGAUGCAACUUUUUGUCAGGUCUCCCAGUGGCUGCCUGGGCAACUUGGCCGCCCAUGGGUCGGAGGGGAAGCAACCGGCUUGCAUGUCUCAGCGCCCAUCUGCGACUCUCCCGAACUAGCGGAGGCUGUCAUGUAUGGACUAGCCAUUAUGGAGCAAACAUUGAAAUGGAUGGUAUUGAUGUUGUUGAUCUUUGCAAUUGGGGCAAAGGAUGAAGAGAGAAAGGUUGUGUGUUGAAUGUGGAUGGGUGCCGUGGUUCGCGACGGGAAGCGAGCCACUCGGCCAGUCGCGGUUCUGCCCGUCGGGGUCGCCUGGGCGCUUGCUUUGGG